AUGAACAGGAUGCGGCGCUCUGUGCUCCUUUUGUCCCGGUUAUGUGUCCGGAGAUUUCUGUGGCCCCAAUGGGGAGCUCCCCUUGUGUCACCAGCGCAACUCCCCCACCCCCCAGGUCUCCCAAACCCAAGCCGGGGGUACAGCAGCAACAGCGGCACAGAGAGGCGGAAAGUGGUAGUGGUUGGGCUGCCUAACCCGGUGAUCUGGUUUCGGAGCAGGAUCUAUUUCUUCUUGAUCAGAGCCUACUUUGACCGGGAGUUUACAAUUGAGGAGUUCACGGAUGGGGCAAAGCAGGCUUUUACAUUGGUUUCGAAGUUGCUGUCUCAAUGUAAAUUUGAUGCGUUGCAGAAUCUCAUAAGCAGUGAGCUCCUAGAAGAUAUCAAGGAAAAAUGUUCUUCCAUUUCUGACAACCACAGAAAUGCUUUGGCAGCACAUUCAGAUGAAAUCAUGUAUAUAACCACAGGCAAUGUUGCCAUUUAUUAUGAUGAUAAUGGAAGGAAGUUUGUUAGCAUCCUGAUGCGCUUUUGGUACAUGACUUGUGCUGAGCUCCCAGAUGACAGUUUGGAAGGAACUAAAGUUUUUCAGUUUAUCAUGGGAGAUGAGACGACAAAGAACACAAAACGCCUUCUCACUGCAAACUAUGAGUUCCGCAGGGAAUUCACUCAGGGAGUUAAACCAGACUGGAUCAUCACUCGCAUUGAGCACUCAAAACUCUUAGAUUAGAAAGACCUGAGCCUGAAGGCUGAAGAAAUGAGCUGUCUGUCACAUCCUUGAGCUGUUAUUAUUUCUAUUCAAACUGCCAAAUACAUUUAUUUUCUUUGUGCAUAUGGGUGCUCCUGCUGAGGCGCAGUUCUUUAGUUAUGUUUAGUUAAUUGCUGGUUUUAAUGGUAUUCACAGGCACUUGGGCUGUAGUGCUCGGAUUGUUCCCAGUGCAGAGGGUGUCAGCCUGUCUGCUCUGAUUCUACAUGUUUAUAAAAUUGCCAGUGUUAUGGAAACUAUCUCCUCUGGAUUUUAUUUUAUAACCUGUUUAACAAAUGUCAGGUGUAAUUGCAGAAAACAUUAAAAACAGUAAUGUAAAUAAGCAUUCUUGUGAGCUUUGUAUGGAAUUUGAACAUCACCAAAACAACUGAAAGCCAUGUGGCAGAAUAUUAUUUUAUAUAAAUGCACAGAAUUGAAAUAAAACAUGUUUUUUCAGGC